AUGCCAGCCCAACAGAAGAAAGUUGUUUUCUGCAUAGCUGGCGUGUUCAGUUUUGCUUGUGCUCUGGGCAUCGCAGCAGCCAUAGGAACUCAGCUGUGGAUCAGAGGAAGAAUACUCUGCAAAACUGGAGCCCUGCUCGUCAACGCUACCGGCCAGGAAUUAGAUAAGUUUAUUGGUGAAAUUCAGUAUGGACUUUUCCAUGGGGAGAGGGUUAGACAAUGCGGGCUCGGAGGGAGACCUUUUCGGUUUUCAUUUUUUCCAGAUUUGUUCAAAAUUAUCCCCGCAAGUAUCCAUAUUAGUGUCAUCGUCUUCUGUUUGGUGCUAUUAGUAUUUGCCCUGAUUGAAACAGGGUUCUUCAUGUACAAUGCAUUUGGCCGUCCCUAUGAAACAUUGCAUGGGCCAUUAGGACUGUACCUGUGGAGCUUCAUUUCAUUUUCUUGCGGUUGUCUUAUCAUGGUACUCUUUUCAUCAGAAGUGAAAAUCCACCACCUCUCCGAGAAAAUAGCUAAUUAUAAAGAAGGAAAUUUUAUUUUUAAAACUCACAGUGAGCAAUUUGCAAAUUCAUUCUGGAUCAUCCUGGUGUGCUCAUUAGUACAUUUUGUGAACAUUUUGCUAAUACGCCUUGCUGGAUUUGACUUUCCUUUUUCAAAGUCGAAAGAUUCAGAGACAGCAAAUGGAGCUGCCGAUCUCAUGUAUUAG